CAGCUGCUAGUUAUGAUAUUGCCUGCCUAUCGGCGCCUGUGCCAGUUUAGCAUCAUCAGAACUCCAGAUGUCAUCCUUCAAGGACAAAGUCAUUAUUGUGACCGGGGCCAGUUCCGGCAUAGGAGCAGGCGCUGCCGUCCACUUGGCCAGCCUCGGAGGGCUCCUGGUCAUCGUGGGCCGCAACGUGGAAAAGCUGCGGGAGACGGCCGGACAGAUUGUGGCGGUCGGAGGCGCUCCAGCUCUGGAACUGCAGGCGGACAUGACCAAGGAGGCCGAGGUGCAGCAGAUAGUGGACGCCACUCUGGCCAAGCACGGGCGCAUCGAUGUGCUGGUCAACAAUGCGGGCAUCCUGGAGACCGGCUCCAUCGAGAGCACCAGCCUGGAGCAGUUCGACCGCCUGAUGAACACCAACGUGCGCUCCCUGUACCAACUCACCAUGCUGGCCACUCCGGAGCUGGUCAAGACCAAGGGCAACAUCGUGAACGUGUCCAGCGUUUGUGGGCUUCGCGCCUUCCCCGGUGUCCUGGCCUACAAUGUCUCCAAGGCGGCUCUGGAUCAGUUCACGGCCUGCGUGGCCCUGGAACUGGCCUCUAAGGGGGUCCGUGUCAACGCCGUGAAUCCUGGCGUAAUUGUUACCGAUAUCCACAAGCGCGGCGGCAUGGACGAGGAGACGUACGCCAAGUUCCUGGAGCACUGCAAGGUCACCCAUGCCCUUGGACGUCCUGGUGAUGUCAAGGAGGUGGCUGCGGCCAUUGCCUUCCUCGCCAGCGAUGCCGCCAGCUUCAGCACUGGAGUCAGCCUGCCCGUGGACGGAGGUCGCCAUGCCAUGUGCCCGAGAUAAGUUCAGGGAAGACGGAGAGGUAGCAGUCAUCCCGUGGCAUUUAACGAAUUUUAUAGAUUGUCAAUAAUAACAUUAAAGUAUUGAAUUGAAAACUGCAUUGCUCAUGAAGAAAUAUAGAUUUCUAUACGUUUUAAACAUUUAAAA